AUAGAUAAUUGCGACAGUAAAUAUCUGUUGACAGAAGUCUCUUGUUAAAAGACGUUCAUGGCAAAGCCAGUAACUAGUCUACUCUCAAAAUGCCUUCUGGUCGUCUGCCACUUCGCCCGAAUGGCCUUACCCCUCCAACCCAAAUGCCCACCAUGAUUUACGGGACGGCUUGGAAAAAGGACCGCACCGCAGACCUGGUCUAUACAGCUCUAAAAGCUGGAUUUCGCGCCGUGGACACCGCAGCACAGCCAAAGCAUUAUCGCGAAGAUUUGGUAGGGGAUGGUAUUAGGAAAGCGAUUGCUGAUGGCAUUGUUAAGCGUGAGGACCUCUACAUACAAACGAAAUACACCCCAGUCCAAGGUCAGAAUCCGCAUGACAUGCCAUACGAACGAAGGCUUAGUAUAACGGAACAAGUCAAGGCUUCGGUUCAAUCGUCUCUUCUGAAUUUUCGUUACUUCAAUGCUGCAGGUAGCAACGCCUAUAUUGACACGCUAGUUUUCCACACACCAUUAUCUACCAUUGAACAAACCAUAGAGGCGUGGAUUGCCGCAGAGACAUUUGUACCUGAAGUUAUACACAACAUCGGGAUAUCAAACUGCCCUCUUCCGGUACUAAAAGCGCUAUACACUUCGCCUGAGAUCAAAAUCAAGCCGGCAGUAGUGCAAAAUCGCUUCUACCCGGACGAGGACUACGAUGUUGAUCUACGCGUGUUUGCUCGCGAGAAUGAAAUUAUCUAUCAGUCCUUUUGGACUCUGACGGCAAAUCCACAGCUCGUCAAAAGCGAGUCAGUACAGCAGCUUGCUCAAAAGGCGGGGAUUAGUGUCGCAGUUGCUUUGUAUGCUCUUGUGAUCAGCCUAGGGAAAGUCUCGGUGCUUGAUGGAACCACGAACGAGAUUCACAUGGCAGAAGACUUGAAACUGUCUUCAAAGAUUGAGCAUUUUAGUGAAGCACAUCAGCAAGAAUGGCAAGAUCUAGUCUCCGGCUUUAAACGUUUGAUUGGAGACCCUGCAUGACUUAUGACAUUAUAUGACUAUACAUAAUUACAUUCGCAUUGCUGUC